GCAAUUUAGCCAUGCCACUCCUAGUACGAACCCUGCAGCUCCUUCUAAUUGCCUUCCAUGCCGCGCUCGUCGUUAACGCCAUAUCCGGCGUGCCGGCAUCGCCCAAGCCGAACAAUUGCCCUGACAGGUGCGGGGACGAGCAAAUCCCUUACCCAUUCGGCGUUGGCACCGGGUGCUCUCUGUCGCCCGAAUUCGACCUCACCUGCAACGAGACGACGACUCCUCCCACCCUGCUCACCGGUGAAGCCAAGGUCACCAACAUCACGCUGGAGACGGCGCGGCUGGUCAUCUACACCCACCUGACCUAUAGCUGCGAUGUGCCGACCAGCAACACUACGACCGACCACAUGACCACCAGCAUGGCCCUCAACGUCGCCACCCCGUUCCUGCUCUCGCCGUCCGAGAACAUGUUCACGGCCGUCGGUUGCAGCUUGACGGCAAGGAUCAAGGGCCGCGGCAAGAGCUCCUACCUCACUGGCUGCAUCACGACCUGCGCCAGGGUGAAUGACACCGGUGACGACGGCACGCCCUGCAGCGGGCACGGCUGCUGCCAGGCCUCGUUAACUCCUAACCUCACCGAAGUCAGCGUCAAGUGGGAGAACAGGCGAGGCAGAAGUCCUGUGGCUGACAACCUGUGCCAGUAUGCUUUCGUCGCUACCAAAGGCUGGUACAGUUUCAGCAAAAAUGACCUGAUUGGGAAUAUGACAUUCGCCAAUAGACUUGGAAGCGGCCCUGUUGUUCCAGUUGUUCUUGACUGGGCAGUUAGGGAUGGGACAUGCCCCCCGACUUCCGAGGGUAACGGCAAGGAAAUUGUUCCUAACGGUGCCGCCUGUGUUAGCAGUCAAAGCUAUUGUGUAAAUGCAAGUAAUGGAGCACCGGGCUAUUUCUGCAAUUGCUCCACGGGAUACACCGAUAUUGAUGAGUGCGCAUUACGACGAUCACCAAAUUCCACAAUGUACAAGAAUAUCUAUCCUUGCCGUGGAGGGACAUGCCACGAUACCGAAGGAACAAUUGGCGCAAUCGCAUUACUGUUCGUGCUAGUAAUAUUUUUGCACAUGGAGCGAGAGAACAGGAAGCUGAGGGACCGAUUCAACAGGAAUGGCGGGUCGUUCCUCAAGAGCGCCGGGAUCGAGAUCUUUACCAAGGACAAGUUGGGUCGCAUCACAAACAAGUACAGCUGCAUCAUUGGCAAAGGUGCCUUCGGUAAGGUCUACAAGGGGACCACCGAUGCCGGCGUUGUUGUUGCUGUGAAGCGCUCCAUCAUCGUCAACAAGGACCGGCAGAAGGAUUUCGCGAAUGAGAUCACGGUCCAAUCCAAGAUCAGCCACCCAAACCUGGUCCGGCUCAUGGGUUGCUGCCUGGAGACGGAGGUGCCCAUGUUGGUCUACGAGUUCAUCCCCAGAGGGAGCCUUCAGGACGUGCUUCACGGAAACAACCACCCUCUCCCACUGGAAACACGCCUCGACAUUGCCAUCAGCUCCGCUGAGGGGCUCGAUUACAUGCACUCGCAGAGCCAGAUGGUCCUCCAUGGUGAUGUCAAAUCUGGCAACAUCCUCAUCGACGACAGCUUCACGCCCAAGGUGUCGGACUUUGGGACGUCCAGGCUCAUGUGCAUCGACAAGGACCACACCAACUGGGUGGUCGGGGACAGCAGCUACAUCGACCCCGUGUACAUGAAGACCGGGCUGCUCACCGCUAAGAGCGACGUGUACAGCUUUGGUAUCGUGCUGCUGGAGCUCGUUACCCGAAAGAAGGCUAGGUACGGGCAGAAUCGUAGCCUUCCGAUGGACUACGUCAAGGCUUCCAAGGAUGGCACGGCAAGGCAGCUAUUUGAUGAGGAGGUUUCAGCCAAUGUUGAGGAGAACAUGGAGUCCCUCGAGGAGGUUGGCAAGAUUGCAGUGAAGUGUCUUGAGGAAGACGUGAAUAACAGGCCUACCAUGGGAGAAGUCAGGAAGGAAAUUGAAAAGUGUAAGACACAAUGGUUGCGAAGCCAGGGGAGGGCAAAUGAGUUUACUUGGAGAACAAUCGGCGCAAUCGCAUUACUGUCCGUGCUAGUAAUAUUCUUGCAUAUGGAGCGAGAGAACAGGAAGCUGAGGGACCGAUUCAAUAGGAACGGCGGGUCGUUUCUCAAGACCGCCGGGAUCGAGAUCUUCACCAAGGAGAAGCUGGACCGCAUCACAAACAAGUACAGCUGCAGUAUCGGCAGAGGUGCCUUCGGCAAGGUCUACAAGGGGACAACCGACACUGGUACUGUUGUUGCCGUGAAGCGCUCCAUCAUUGUAAACAAAGACCGGCAUAAGGAUUUUGCGAACGAGAUCACGGUCCAAUCGAAAAUCGACCACCCGAACCUGGUCCGGCUCGUGGGCUGCUGCCUAGAGACGGAGGUGCCCUUGCUGGUCUACGAGUUCGUCCCCAAAGGGAGCCUUCAGGAUGUGCUUCACGGCAACAACGACCCUCUCCCGCUGGAAACACGCCUCAACAUUGCCAUCAGCUCCGCCGAGGGGCUCGAUUACAUGCACUCGCAGAGCCAGAUGAUCCUCCACGGCGACGUCAAAUCCGGCAACAUCCUCCUCGACGACAGCUUCACGCCCAAAGUGUCGGACUUUGGGACGUCCAGGCUCAUGUCCAUCAACAAGGACCACACCAACUGGGUGGUCGGGGACAGCAGCUACAUCAACCCCGUGUACAUGAAGAUCGGGCUGCUCACCGCUAAGAGUGACGUGUACAGCUUCGGUAUCGUGCUGCUCGAGCUCGUCACCCGAAAGAAGGCUAGGUACGGGGAGAAUCGUAGCCUUCCGAUGGACUACAUCAAGGCUUCCAAGGAUGGCCCAACAAGGCAGAUGUUCGAUGAUGAGGUUUCAGCCAAUGUGGAGGAAAACAUGGAGUGCCUCGAGGAGGUUGGCAAGAUCGCGGUGCAGUGUCUCGAGGAAGACGUGAAUAACAGGCCUACCAUGGGAGAAGUCAAGGAGAAACUUGAAAAGUGCAAGAGCCAAUGGUUGCAAAACCAGGGGAAGGCAAAUGAGGUAAUCCCCUAG